GUAGAAAUUCUCAUAAAAGAAUUCAGACGACUUUUAGGUCUGUUGCUGUUCGGUUAUCGAUAUAUUUUUAAGAGUGUGAGCCUGGGUGAAAUGUUUACAGAUAUUCGAUACAUUUUUUUUGUUCUUGCUACAUUAAACCAGUGAAUGUGAGAGGACGUUAAACCAGAGAUUUGUAUCUUAAUUAAUUUUUGUGAAUGAAAUUAACGAAUUUCGGUGACCAGUUAAUUACAUAAAAAAAAAUCGAAGAAAAAUAAGAGAAACUGGAUAAUAUCAAAUCAGGACCACCCGAUAAACUUAAUGGAAUGAAAUAUGAUUGCACAAGUUUAAGGUUUUUUUUUGAAUAGCAGAAAUUAUACGAAAACAAAAUCCAAAAAAAAAAAUCAACAGAAAAAUCGUGAAAUUUUUGGUGUGUUGUUACAUGUGAAUACUGUAGUGCCUGUGCUGGAAAACGACUUCUGUGAACUAAUUUGAAUUUUAUUCGCCAAAGACCGAACGAAAUCUAUAUCAAAAAAUAUGGAUUGUAAUUUCGCUGAAGUGGAUCCGACAUUAGCCAGCGAUCCUCGGGUCAUAUUAAAUCUAUUGGCCUUGGAGAGAUCAACGAUGCCGCCUUGUGAUUAUUUCCGCAACAUUCAAAGGGAUAUACAACCAUUCAUGCGAAAAGUCGUAACCACUUGGAUGUUGGAGGUAUGCGACGAGCAACGAUGCGAAGAGCAAGUGUUUCCUUUAGCCGUUAAUUAUAUGGACCGAUUUCUGUGUAUGUGCCCGAUAUCACGUCAACAAUUUCAACUACUUGGUGCUGUGUGUCUUCUAUUAGCCACGAAAAUUCGACAAUGCUAUGCUCUCACAACAGAUCUGCUAUGCGCUUACACAGACUACAGUGUGUCACCCGAUGAGAUAAGGAACUGGGAACUCUUACUGUUGGCAACAUUACAAUGGAAUCUGAGUGGAACAACGGGAUACGAUUUUGUGGAUCACAUAUUGGAACGUGUGAAGUGGGGUAGAGAAAAUUUACACAUUCGUCAACAUGCACUUACAUUAGUUUCGGUUUGCCAAACAGAAACAAUGUUCAUGCAAUCAUCACCUUCCGUACUGGCCUGUUCCUGUAUAUGCGCUGCGACGCGCGGUAUCAAAGCACCAUCGGCCAAAUUUUCGUUGCACGACGUUUGUCGGCUAACGCAAUGCGAUCCAUUGGAAGUGGAGCUCACAGUUCGGCACAUUGAGAAUGUCGUUGCCAAAGAGACGGCAGCUAUGCAAAAACAGUAUGGUCCAGUGAAAGUGCAACAAUAUCCGAUACCAGGUAAAAUGGCAACGGGCAUGGAUUGCGGAGAAUUGGGACAACCCGAAACGCCAACAGAUGUGCAGGAUGUUUAUUUAUAAUUUUGCGAUAGAAAUAAUUCUUUUUUUUCCCUUGACUAAAAAUACUUGGUUCGCCUCUGUUUUCUUUUUAUUAAGUUCAAUUGAAACAGCAUAAAGCCCCAGAUUUAAAAAAAAAUUUGCUUUAAAAAACUUUAGCUCAAUUUUUAGAUGAAUUUUAGAGAAAAGAGAAAAAAAUUGGUUGUGGAAGUAGGUGGAGUGAUUGUAGCCCUAUCUAUAGCUGCAAUAUUCGUCUACAUUAGUUUUAGCGAGAGGUUUACCGACAUAUAGACGGUCUUAUUUCGAAGAAAAAUGUUUUGAAAUGUCCGCUGAUUAAAACAGGAGUCAUUUUGAACUUUCCUACCAAAUUUUUGAAAAUAUUUUUUUUUAGCAAAAUUUCGACGAAACAAUUUAUCAAAAUUAGGCAAAAUUUUUGAUUUUUAUUUUUUUGGAAAACCUAUUAAAUUUUGAAAAUAAACAAAGAAUUAUUCAAGCAAAAAAGAGGAAAAAAUUUAAUUUUAUGUUUUCGCUACAAAUUCUAAGAAAAUUCUAAUUAAAUCGAUCUCAGUUGUUGAAAACAUUUAAGUUUUUCUUUUGUAAAAAGUUAAGUUUCUUUUUAUUAAAAAAUAUUAAGAAUUUGAUCUCAAUACCAAAAUUAGUUUUAAGUUUUUUUUUUUUCAUUCAUUCCAAUGCAUUUAUACAACCCCAACUGUCCGACAAAAUUAUUCUUUUUAGUUGAACCUUCAACAUUUAUUUGAUUCGACCACAUUAUCGAAAAGUUUGUGUGCUAUUCCCCUUUUUUUUCGUUCGUCACAUAUAUCGGUACAACAUUUAAUUUUUAUUUUAUUUUUUUGUCAUUUUUAUUAAUUUAUUUAACCAUUUUUUGUGUAUGUUUUUAUUUGGAUUUUACCUUAUUACAUGACAUUGUUUUAUAUAUGAUUGUUAAUCUAGUCUUAAUCAUUUAAAAUAAAAUAAAAAACGAAAUUGUAUUUAAGACGAGCUGAAGAAGGAGCCGAAACAAAAAAGAAUGGUGUACGCGC